GCCAUUGGAAGUGGUAAAUGAGAAGCAUAUAUAUGGGCUCUGGGUUAAAAAGCGGGUACCCGAGUCAACGAGUAGGGUUUAUGUAAGAAGUAGCAAGCAUUUGAGAAACGAGUGUUACAGAGGCGAGGAAGAACCCUAGCUUUGCGGCAACAACACCUCGCACAUCAACCACAAUGGCGAAGCAGAUUCACGAGAUCAAGGAUUUUCUGUUGACGGCGCGUAGGAAGGACGCUCGGUCGGUGAAAAUCAAGAAGAACAAAGAUGUGGUUAAGUUCAAGGUUCGUUGCUCAAAGUAUUUGUACACACUCUGUGUUUUCGACACCGACAAAGCUGAUAAGUUGAAGCAAUCUCUUCCUCCUGGUUUGACUGUUCAAGAUCUGUAGAACAAACGCCAACUGUUUACUUUUUUGAAAAAUAUUGAAACUCUAGGUUUUGUGACUGUGUCCUCUCUUUUCGUAAUUGCUACUGUAAUAUCAUUUUGUUUUGUUGCUGUUAAAUUUGAAGAAGUUUGGUUUUAAGUUUGUGUUGAUUUAGCUUUUUUAUAUUAUGAUUAUAUGAUAUGAUGGAUUGCAUCUGAUAGUUGAGUUGAGAGUUUUUUGUGUAUUCGAUGUGA